AAUUUCUGUAGGAGCUAUACCCUGAAUUUCCACAGGAGCUAUAUCCUGAAUUUCCACAGGAGCUAUUCCCUUUGCUUGCUAAUUUGGACUUUUAUUCAGUGAACACCUGUGUGUGCUACAAUCUAGUGAGGUAACCAGUUUCUCAACCCUUGUGUGAGAUUUCUAAAAACCUGGGUGCUUUUUGUACAAUAUUCUAAAGCAUGAUUCGAGAUAUAUAUAUAUAUAUUCCUAAGUAUGAAUAUAUUUAUUACAUUUAUUUGGGCACAAAUUUGAUACAUUUAUUACAAGAUUGUUACUAGAAAAAAUUCAAAGGUGUUAGUAUAAAGGUGGUAUCUUUUUACAUAUUACUAACAUAACAAAACUACAUCGUUCACAAAGAGGAAUUAGGUAAGUUUUAAAUUCAAGAUUCUUUACCUCAUAUUCAAGACAAAUCUUGAACUUUAUCUGUAAUGAUUUUUUGAGACUUAACUCCACUGUCAGCAUUGUUAAGUGCUUGCUUUUUACUCCAUAGUUCUAACAAGGUAAUUUUACUGUAAAGGUUUCAGUGCAGUUGUUUCCUUGAAUGUUGUUUACUCUGAUGUUUAACUGUUAUAUGACAAAUAAGUUAAUUCUUGUUAAGAUUGAUUUUUGUUUAGUCUCAGUGAUGUUAACUUUAAGUUCUUUUACAGAUACUUGAUUAAGGUUAAGUUUUACUGAAGUUGAUUUUAAGAUUUUUUGAAGCAUACAUGUUUGAAUUACAAGAUAUAAUUCCUUUGCUAUAAAAGUGAACGACAUAAAGCCUGAAUUUUUGUCAAAAUUUGAUCAUUUAAAUGACAAGAUACAGCUUUUUUACUAUAGCAAUAAGAACAAUUUUAUUUUUAAUAAAUAAUACUGAAGAAUGAGAAACAAUUCCAAAUUAUGACUGUAAUUAGUUAUGAGUUAUUUAAUGCUUUCUUUUACUUUUUUGCUUUAAUGUCAUAUAUGUCUAGAAAAAUAUAACCUCAAUUUCUUAAGACAGUUUCUACUGAUAUAUUAAGUAACCCUGAUUAUGUUGUUAAUCUUGUGAUGUGAAUUCACUGACUUUUUAUAACAAGCAUUACUUUUUUAUAACAGGCAUUACAUUUGCUAUUUGUUUAUGGUACCACUGACUAACUAACGAUAAAUGAGAAAGCUACUUCACAAACCUUCACUUAUUGUUGUAUAGCUAUUUAGAAGACAUAUAUUAUUUUUCUAACUACUAUUACUAAGAGAUUUCUAAAAUACAUUAAAAAACCUCUUCCAGUUAAAAGGACCCUGGCCAAGUCCUGGCCUUAACUAGUAGAGAAAAUUUUCUGCACCAAAAUGAUAUUAAAAUAAUUUUGACUUACCAAAUUUGGACCUUUUAAGGUGAACUUGGAAGUCUUACUCAGGAAUGAUUUUCCAAGCCCUCACUUUAAAAAAUAAAGCUUGCCAAUUACUACAGAUCUAAGCAAUAAUACAAUAUUAAAGAAAUUGAUAAGGCAUUGUUUUAAAUCACCAUUCUGUUUUUCAAAUGCUACUUACUGUAUCUAUUACCUGAUUUACCUUUACUUAAUAUAAGUUGAUUGUUUUAUUAUAUAUUGUUAUGCUUUUAUGUUGCCUUCAUGUUCAUAAUGAGAAACACACAUGUUAUUAAAAACCAAAACAUUAGGGGGGAAUAUAGCUCCUUCAGAACUUUACACUAAUAUUUACACAAAAAAUUAGGGGAAAUAUAGCUCCUCCAGAAUUUUACACUAAUAUUUACACUAAAAUAUUUUUAAAGCAAACCAAAUCAUAUUAAACUGGAUCCUCUACCCUCCUGAAACAUCAUUGGUGGAACCCCAAGAACUAGAGUUCCUGGGUUCUGUGAAAUUGCAUUGUUAUGUUAAUUUUAAAUACAUGGGAAGAAAUCAGUCUGAAGCUUGAGAUGUUUCUCCCUAUCAUCCCGUGUAUGAGAAUCAAACCUUUUGGUACAAUUACACUUCUGGCAGCCUUUCUAAAUCCAGUAGUGCAGCUGCCAUCAGAAAUGUUUUUAGUUAAUAAAGAUCAAGCCUGAGCCUUUUAGUGGCUGGAGUUUUUAGCUAAAAGAUUCUUUUUAGGAUAGGUAGGUAUGUGGUAAUUUUGAUAAUAAUUGUAUUAAUCAUGAUACCUUUCAGUGUGUGCAGAGAUUAAUUAAGAAGACCAUUUAGUCAAAAGGGAAAGGGGAGUGCUGGAAUGUUGGGGGACACAAGACAGAUCAUGGUCAACAUAAGAGAUUUGAUAAGAUGAUACCUUGGCAAAAGCAAAUGGAACUUUGAAAAUUAGACCUAGAUUGCAAGAAGAUUAAAUCAAACUGAAAGAUCAAAUCACCAGAAAAAGAAAAUCCCAUUAAACUCUGCAAGCAAGAGAUGUUGUUAUAUGCAUAAGUUUGUCUGUGCGAUUUCAACCUAAUCAUUGUAGUACACAUUACUGGUCUCCCUGAAACAGUACAUAAACAUUUGUGUCCCACAAUAAAACCGGAUUUUGAUCACUGAGUCAUCUCCCCGUGUCUGUCCAUCGCUGCCAGCCCAGUCCUUCCACACACCCUGGUGAGGCGGUGCCUGGCCAGCGCCUCUGCCACCCACGGGCACCUCACCAUGCGCUGCCCCAGGAUAAGGCUCCCCAAAAUUGCCAAAGCCCUGCUUUGCCUCAUUGCUGUAACGCAGUUCUGCCUCUUCUUUGGUAAUUCCAGAUCUUUGUUUGACUUGGCGAAGACGAAGAUUUUCAGGAAAUUGAACAUUUUCCAACAUGACCCAGAGACAGAACAAGUGGACCCCCAAGAGCAACAGGGUUUAAACUAUUCUGAUAAUAAUGGGAACUCCAGCAGCAUUUUAAAGGUGACUUUGGGAGGACACAUCAUAACACUCAAAGAUGUGGUGGAGAAGACACCAAGAUGGACAGGAAAGGAGGAGCAGAAGGAAAAAGUGAAACCAGUUAUGAGCGUUAAGGAAGCAAAGGAGAACAUGGCUGUGAAACCACCACCCCAGCUGGAGGGAAUCAAGAAGACAACAGUGAAUACAACCCCUAUGGUGCAGGGAAACAAGGGUAAAACAACAGUGAGGCCAACUCCAUGGGUGGAAGAAGCCAAGGAAAAGACAACAGUGAAACCACUUCCCAGGGAGAAGGGAGGCAAGGAGAAGACAACAGUGAAACCAUCCUCAGGGGUGAAGGGAGCACAUGAGAACAGCACAACCACAGACCAAGCAAAACCCAAAGCACCUCCUGCAUCAAUGAAAACUGUAAGACCUGCUCCUCAGGCUGCUGUGACACAGAAGAGGAAACUGAGCUCUGCUAACUUCACAUCUGAGCCAAAGUGGGACUUUGAGGAUCAGUACCUGCUGGAUAACUCAUCCCCACCCUCGACCUGCUCUGAAUCAGUGAGGGCCAGGGCUGCCAAGUCUGCCUGGCUGCGGGAUCUUUUCCUGCCCAACAUCACACUCUUCAUGGACCAGAGAUACUUCAGUGACAGUGAAUGGAACCGCCUGGAGCAUUUUAUACCCCCCUAUGGCUUCAUGGACCUGAAUUAUUCACUGGUAAAGGAGGUCAUAUCCCUGCUGCCCCCAAAGCCCCACCAGCAGCUGCUCCUGGCCAACCAUGACAGCAGCAUGCCCACGUGCAUCAGCUGUGCUGUUGUGGGGAAUGGAGGAAUUCUGAAUAACUCUGGGAUGGGCCAGGAGAUUGACUCCCAUGACUAUGUCUUCAGGGUCAGCGGGGCUGUAAUCAAGGGUUAUGAAAAAGAUGUGGGAACAAAAACCUCCUUCUAUGGAUUCACGGCCUUCUCCCUGGUUUCCUCUCUUCAGAUCUUGGGACACAGAGGGUUCAGCAGGAUCCCGUGGGAUGAACACGUCAGAUACAUUCACUUCCUGGAGGGAGCAAGAGACUAUGAGUGGCUGAAGGCUCUUCUGCUGAACAAGCACAUCAGGAAAGGAUUCUUGAACCUUGGCAGGCAGAAGCCCCGGCAGAAAUUCGAUGAAGCUUUCACAAUGGACAAAUACCUGGUGGUUCACCCUGAUUUCCUCAGAUACAUGAAAAACAGGUUUUUAAAGUCCAAAAAUUUGGAAAAGCACUACUGGAGGCUGUACAGACCCACAACAGGGGCCUUCCUGCUGCUGACUGCCCUCCAUCUCUGUGACAGGGUCAGUGCCUAUGGCUACAUCACGGAGGGGCACGAGAAGUACUCGGAUCACUACUAUGACAAGGACUGGAAAAAGCUGAUUUUCUACAUUAACCAUGACUUCAACCUGGAGAAACAGGUGUGGAAAAGGCUUCAUGAUGAGAAUAUCAUGAAACUUUACCUGAGAACCUGACUGCAGCAAGGGCCAGUUUGCCUGGGCAAUCUCAACAACACCUCACUGGGAACAGAAGACAACCACCAGAGCCAAGGUUAGCUCUGGACUGCCAGGCACAUUUCAUCCCCACAAAGACAUUUCCCUCCUUCAGCACCUCUCUUAUUUCACUUCAACAAAUGUAUGAAUGCUGCAGACCCAAAGACCAACAGGAAAAUGCAGCCUGCCAACAAAGUGCCACCUGGCUGUGCUGCAGGACUCCUGCUGGUUGUUGUAGGCAUGGGUAUUGUGAGAGCACAAUCCAGGUUAUGCUCCUUGGUGUAAUUCAGGUUUUCUCUCUGCAAGGAGAUGCUCCUCAGGCUGGGGCCACUGCUCUUCUGGGUGGAUCCUCUCCAUUAGCAAUGCCCAUUUUGGAGCUGGGUAUUGUCUAAACAAACUCCCUGGGGAGCUGGAAUGGAUGGAGGUGGAAAGACAGAUUUUGUUUCAGGUUGAUUUAAUUUCUUGAUGGGGAGGGCUGCACUCACUCUGCUCCCUGCAGAUAAAAAGGAUGGACUGGACACAUCCAGGUGACUAAUUUGAGAGAAUGGGUUUCACUUCUGCUACCCUGUGUGGCCUUGCUACGACACUUCCAGAGGAGCAGUGCCAUCAACUCCAGGGCAGGUAGCUGCUCUCCAUGGUGCAGCAGACCUCCUGUACCUCUGCCUCUUGCCCCAGGGCUCCCCUGGCUGCACAAAAUGUGAAUUUUGUGGCAUGGACCUGAUGUGCCAAGUCCUUGCAUAGCUGGACUUGGUCACGCUUGGCUCCCAGCUGUGCCCAGGGCGCUGUGUUUGUCCUGUUGGGAGGAGAGGUGGAAGCUCUCCAAGGCCAGGGAUGGAUGCCAUGUGUCCUUGCUGCUGGCUGAAGUGCCUGUCCCCCGUGGUGCUGAGAGGGGCCCAGCUGCAGCCAGCACACCUGGAGCGUGCUGGCCUCCUGGAAGGGGUUUUGUAAGUAAAAUAAAUGGCAAUACUUUGGCCAAGCUGAUCUUUCGUGCAGCCCUGUGGGUUGUGGUUAUUUAGUGCACCCAGAAUUGAUGUUUAAUGGCUGAGAUACAACAGAUGGCAAAGCCAGGAGAGUACAGGACUGAGGGACAAUGAGGUUAUCUUAUUUGGAGAAGCUCUGCAGCUUGUGUGGACACACCUGAGCAUCCCCCAGCUGUUCACCUUGCAGGACAGGGAUCAGCACCAGCCAAACACCUCCCUGAGGAAGUGGGUGAACACCUGGCAAGUUUGCCCUAGUCCCAGCAACUGCUCUCCAAGUGCAUCAGAUAUUCAAGGAAAAUGCACGAAGGGCUGGCUGUUUCCCCCAUGACACUGUGGAAAAACACAAAGCCACCUCCAGUGUCCCAGCAGGUGCAGAGCCUGUCCCUGGGGUUAACCAGCUGCACACUCACCAGACCUGCUUGGCUGUGAGUGUUUUUCCAUUUCUGCAGCGUUUUUGUGGGGGGCAGCAGUGUCUCCAGGGACUCUCUGGGCUCCAAGGAAGGCAUUUCAGCCGGGAUUGUCAGCAGGGUUGGUCAGGCUUGAUUUCCUUUCCCCCUUUUUGCUUGUGCUGCAGAGAGGCCGGGCAGUUUCUCAUGUCUCACUGAGCUUGUUUGUGAAGGACAGCCGCCCACAGUGAGAAUCAAAAUGCAGAAUUCAGCUUCUCUGGAGAGGCUGUAGCCUGUGCCUGGCUGCUGUGCACAUCAGGAGCCCGUGGGAGCAGCGAGCUGUCCGAAAGGCACGGUGCCUCUGCUGGGAGUGAUGCAGCCCUGUGGGAAUGCCAGGCAGAGCAGAAAUCCUUCCUGAGCAGCAAACAGGGAGGCCUGAGUGAGGCUGGUCACCACCCAGAGCUGCCUGAGGAGGAACUCCUGCAGCCAGGAGCUCCGGACCUGCUGGAUGCCUCAGCCCCUCGUGGUGGCCGUGCACGCUGUCCCCAGGUGGCCCUGGUGGCGUGGCUGUCCCCAGGCCCUGCAGGCUCUCCCUGGUGGGCUGUGGGUGGGCAGUGAGGCAGUUUUGCUCCUUGCCUGUCCCUCAGGCCACACCACAUUGCUGUGGGUUGCUUAGUGACCGGCUCCACCGGGCAUUCUUCCUGCCUGAAUAGGGCUUUUCUCUUCCCCAGAAGUUGGAAGAAGUUUCUCUUAGACCUUUCCCUCCCC